AUGGCAAAGGCAACCAAAAAUGCGUCUGCUAGUGGCAGCAAACCUAUCACAGACUACUUUUCGCGUAAGCCGGCCACUCGAUCGAAGUCUGACAAUAUUUCAGAUGGUCAAAGCAAUACGCCAAAGAAACAACAACCAAAACCAACCACUUCUUCUCCACCUACCGAACCUUCAACUUCCGCUUUAUCACCAGAAAACCGACUUCAAAUGCGAUCAAGUACUCCAGAAGCCAACAGUCGCGUAGAAUCAGGAUGUGUGCCUCCACAGAGUCAACCUAUUGCCAUCCCGCCCACCCCCUUUUCCUCCAAAAAAAUUUCGACCAAGAAGAACGGGUCUCGGACCAAGAAUUUUAUUUCAUCCUCAGAAUCAUCCUCGAUUGACGAGGUUCCAGGGAGCGUUUCUGGCGAGGAGGAAAUGGAAUGUGUUACUCGUGUUAGACGCGAUGUAGAGGCUUCGAAACAAUCUGUGGCCAAAUGGCGCAAUGAAUCUCCACUAUUAUCUGAUUUGCCAGAAAGGAUGAAUGUCGACGAGGUUCCGACGUCGAAUUUUAAUACAGACCAGUCACCUUCUAGCGCAGAAAGAAGUACACCUCCUCCAUCCCAACAACAACUUACACCUCCUCCUACAACCGUUCUAGAUCACCAAAUACUACCUCCGAUACCAGCAGCCAUAGAAACAGCGAGGAAAACCGAGGAACUAAUCGCCGCAAUAAAAGCUAAAGCCAUUGCAGCGGCGAAGUCUAGUCCAAUUGAGCAGGAGAUCAGGCCUUUCAAAGACACGCUCAGCGAUAGUGAUACUGACGAAGAGUUGCGUCCUUUGGAAAUCAAUGUCAAGGGAAAAGGCAAGGCAAAGGAAGUGGCGCCCAGUGUUCCAGCAGUUAAUACGUACUAUAAUACGCGGAGUACUAAUGCUCAUUCCAAAUCCAAGAUGAUUUCUCCUACGGUACUCCAGUCCGAAAGGCGACAAGCUGCGACCAAGAAGAAACAUAAUCCCUUCGCUGCAUUGCUCAAAGAAAAACGUGAAGACGACCGCAGCGGACGCAGUGAUCUUGAGUUCAUCAAAGCGGCGGAAAACAUACUCCCCAAAAGUCAAAUGCUCCUCGAAAUGGAUGAAGAAGAUGGGUAUGAUAGUUUCGAAACCCCCUCCCAAAAAACUGCUGCCUGGCUCGGAAGAGAAGUGGAUGACAUGAAGGUUGAUUUGGAUGACGGGAAUCGACGACGUCUUUUUGGGGAACAGAGUGAGGGUAUCAAGGAUAUUCUUGAUGGCGAACAAAAGAAUCUUCAAGCAGAUGAGCGCAGAAAGAUCGAAGUUGGUGUUCGGUUCUGGAGAGACAACACAUCGUCGGCCGGCGAUGAUGUGGACAUGGAUGUGGAACCUACUUUAGAUUUUGGAGAAGAUACCAAAUCUCCCGUUUUGCGCAAGUUGUACAAUGCGCUCAAGUCAAGGGACCAAGUACGAGCGAUUGCUAUUCUGGACUCUGGAUUGUUGAUUACGGUCAAUCCUGAGUGUCUUCGCGGGGUGACCAGCUAUCUGACCUAUCUUGCGUUGUCUCCUGUAAACGACAGACUUUCAUCUGCUGCUUACGAAGCGCUUCGCAACGUCUGGAUCACCUCUCAUAGUCCUGAACCCGGGAUCAUUCUUCAGGAUAUUCUGAAUGCUGUUUCGCGAUUGGGAGCGUAUUCGCAACUCUUGAAUCUGGCCGGCAGUAAAAUUUCGAAUUUAGAUGCUGAUAGCAGGGCAUCCCUUAUAUUUCGGCUCAUCAAGUUGACAGAAUCUUCUGCUCGUUCUCGUCUUCUGAAUAUCAAUGAAAUCCCUGAACUCGUACUCAUCUUGCUUGCAAUUUCUCUUGAUCCAUCGACUUCCGCUUCCCUGCAGAUUGCAAUCGCAGUUGUACUAGACGCCAUAUUCCAAUCGAUUGCUGAUCCAAACGUCGUUGCUGACAUUGAACCGAUUAUCUGCACGAAAAUUCUAACCUACAUCAAGGAAUUCGACCCUUUCAAUAUCUCUCGUAUCGUGACUCUUUUGACUGGUAGCGAGGGUCGCAGCACCCGGAUUGCACGUUGGGUGGCACGUUCUGUGCUUCUGGGUAAAACCCAAGUAACAGAGUCUGAAUACUGUCAUGCACCUGCAGUCCAAGACCUGUCCGAUAUACUCGUUCAAGGAGCGACACCGGUCUGCCAGGCUUUCCAGAUCAACCUUGAUACAGACUACGUUGAACUUGGGCACUAUGUACAGAUCCUCGCGGUUGCUUUGACAGAUAUUCCAAGUUAUUUCCCCAGUGAAAUAGCGGCUGUGGCUGCGAUCAAGGCUCAACAUCCCGUACAGGCUAGCCCCAGUAAAGAUAAAAUCGAUACACCUCUUGAAAAUUUGAAUCGUUGCAUAACCUUUGUACAAAGGAAAAUCACGGACAAUGGAACAGACAUCGAACGCUCUAGGACAAAAGCUGCGUUGCAUCACUUGUCAAUGCGCUUGUACUUUCAACUUGCUGCUAGAAAAGCGGACAAAAACCCUGCGAUCAGUAAUUAUUUUGAGAGGAGGAAUCCUACAGCACGUCGUUAA